AUGGACCCGCACCUGUACCAGCGAGUUCUACUGGCCGUGCAGGCAAGUCACUCGCCUCUAGCGUCGGCGAGCGACCGCCAAGCUGCCUAUGCCUUCUGUGAGGAAUUUAAGAGCCGCGAAGACUGCGCACUGUACGCCGUAGCGCUGUAUCAGCGCCCCGGCGGCGCUGAUUCUCUAGAGCUCCAUACUCGCCAACACUUUGCGCUGCAUGUGCUGGAGCAUUACGUGCUGACCAGAUGGAGCGCCUUGCCGCUUGAAGAGCAGCAGAAGAUGCGCGUGGAGCUCGUAGCAUUGCUACUCAGAGAGAACCAGUCCGACGCCGCAGACGACCCUGUGUUCGUGAAGGAGAAGAAGGUCUCGCUAUUGGCUCAAAUAGCCAAGCGACAAUUCCCUCAACGCUGGCCAGACCUGCUACCCGAACUACUUAAAAUCUGGCAGACUGGCAGCAGUAGACAAGUGGAACUUGUGCUGCUAAUUCUACGGUCUUUAGCGGAGGAUUGCGUCAGUAGCUCGUUCAACACGUCGAUACCCCCAGCGAGGAGGAAGGAUAUUCUUCAAGGGCUAAAUGUGUGUCUGCCACAGCUGUUUCCCGUAGUGUACCAGGAACUGGAGAAGCAAUACGCAAUUUACAAGGCAGCAACUGCAACUCCAAUGCAGAAGAGCAGGAGUCAGAGACUCAUCCAUGCGGCGCUGGAUAUGCUUAAAGAAUUUCUCGAGUGGAUGCCGCUGGAGCGACCUGUGGACCCUGCAACAAAUUUUAUUAUCGUUGCCGUAUUGCUAUUGGAGGAAAAGGAGUUUAGAGUGGCAGGAGCGCAGUGCUUGGAAGUGUACAUGGCGAGAGGCUUUGGCAAGGAGAACCGAGCGAUUAUGCUGCAGAGCAUCAGUCAGAUUCUUGACAAGGUGAACACACUGGAUCUGACGACACUAGAGCCCGAUCUGGAGGCGAAUCUGCUGUUCCACAAGAAGGUAAACGACAUGUUGGUGACGUGGGGGACGUGUCAGCUGGACGUGCUGCUGUUGGACGGGCCUGGAGACCAGGAAAUGGCGCUGCUGCGGGUGAUUCUCCGCAACUUGUGCAAGUUAUUCGCUCAUCCGAGUUUGAUCGUGACGGAAGCGCAGAUUAUUCUGUGGCUCACGGUACUGAAGAACAAGACGAUCCUGAAGCAGGGAGAAGCUUUUCUAGCAGAAAUUCUGGACCAGCUGCGCCAAGUCUCGUUCGAUAAAUACUUCAAGCUUGGCUCGCCUGAGCGUGAGAACGCAGGACCUCAAGACAGCGCUUGUGACUGCAGCAAAGAAGAGUUCGACGACCACAGCGAGUACAUUGCUUACUACGGGAACUUCCGGGGACGUCUGUACGCUCUGAUUCGUGUGUUGGUGCAGCUGAACCCCGCGAUUGUGCUGCAAUCUUUGCACGACCGUCUGGUAUUCGUUCUAUCUCAGUAUGCUGCAGGAACAGACCACUUGAGCCCCGAUCGCGGGUUUUGUACUGACCUCAGUACUGCGUAUCUGUACCACGAAGGCAUUUCGUCUCUGAUCGACUGCAUCGUCAAGCAACUGCCCGCGAAUGCGAUGGGAAACCCCACGAACCGUCAGGCUUUACAGGCGAUUCUACAGGCCAUCCUAUCGUACAACACGCCCGACCCGCUGCUGAAGUUCCGUCAGCUGCUCGUAUUGGCGUCGUUCGCCAAGUAUUACGUUCUGGAUGGCAGCACCCUUACAGCUGUCUUUGAGAUGCUCUUCGCUAACAUCAACUUUGUGCUGUCGGGAGAGGACGUGCACGGGAAGAUGAGCAGCGGCACCAUCAACGUUCGGAGACGAGCGUUGGCGUCUCUUGUGUCCAUCUGCCAAGCGAUCCCCGCGCACAUUUUGCCAGUCUUGCCAGUGCUGUGCACGAAGGCUCAGGAGUUGUUUGCGGCGGAUCGUGUGACGGAUACGGAAGGUGUGAUGCUGUAUGAAAUGCUGGUGUUGGUGUCCAACUCGAUGGAGAACAGAGACGAGCGUGUGCAGUUCGUGCAGCAGAUUGUGCAGGACCCGCUGUCUAAGUGGACUUCUCCUGACAUGACGGCGCUCGUGAGCUCUUCGCAGAACAUUGUGACCGCUAUUGAAGCGGCUAGCAACGACGAAAAGUCGAAGAAACUACUCGGAAUGAUUAUUAAAACACUCACGACGUUGUACGGCAUUGCCAAGCGCGCUGGAGUGACUUUUUUACCGAAAACUACCGAGAAUUCGGGCGCAUUUGAAGGCGCGUGGCCUCACUUACUGCCGAACUUGUUGGCGCUUGUUCGCUCGCUCCACGGGCUCCAGGAUCCGGCAGUGAAAGCUGUGGUGCUGAAAACGUCCAGUGCCUGCUGGUUGCUGAGCGUCUCAGUGGAUGAAGUCGCUCAACUGCUGGGAGGGAAGAACCAGCUCGAAGAAGAAGAAGUGGCCAAGCUGCCGGUCGCCUCCAGGUGGUCCAAGUGGCACAAGAACGUGCGUGACAUUUCGUACCAUUUGAUGGGCGUGGCGGUGGGCCAAACGAGCUUCUACACGAACCCUCAAGUGGCUUCAGUACUGCGGAAUAGCAUGCUCAGCGACUUGGACUUGAUGGAGCAUCGCCACUUGAAAGGAGCGCUGGCUUACGUGUACUUGCCGUUCCUCAAGAACUGCCCCCGAGAGCUGUAUCCCUCUCUCCUUGACCCCGUUCUUUCGACGUUGUUUGGUCACUUCGCCCAGCGUUUAGCAGCCAUUCUCCAGCGCUCAACUAGUGGAGAUAAACCAGCGCAGACGCCGUGGAGCGCUCUGGUUGUUGGUAUCGAAGACGCAAAGCAGGAGAUUGCGCGCGAGAAAAUGGUCAUGGAGCUGACGCGUCAAGCUGUCGACUUUAUCGAGUACGCUAUCGAUCCGAAGACUGUGGUGGGCACCGACACAGACAACCCGAAACACGUGACGAGUCCGGAAGAUGCCUUCCUUCGGGACUAUAUUCUGACGCAGUCCGGGACGUUGCCGUUUGCUAUCGGCGCAGUUUUGGUGCAGGUGAUUUGCUGGAAAGACACGCUGAGUUGUCGCAAGGCGGUGGCUCUGGGUGACAAGCUGGUCAAUGUUCUGCACGCCGACACCAAGUACCACGCUCUUCUCGGUCGCGAUCUCUUCUCCGCUGCGCUGCAAGGAGUUCUACGCGAACAUGUUGGCCACGUCAAGGAAGACGGACUUAAGUGGGAGAUUAUCAACUUGGCUCGUAACAUUUACUGCAGACUGACGCUGGGGUUGAUCCCAGUGGAAGAGUGCAAAGGAAUCGAUCCGUGCAACCAGCCUCUUCGUCCGGCGUCGUCGCUGUGUUCUGCUCCACGUGAGAUUCUGCUUUCUCUUCCGGACGUUGCGCCUGGACAAGUGGAGGCGCUUGACACGCUGCUACGUGAGAAACACAGUAUCAAGACACAAAAGAACGCGUUCAGGGAGCUGUUGGAGAUGCCAAUACUGGCGAUUCGACGCGAACAAGCGCUUGCGUCGGGCUCAACGUCGCCGCUCGCAGGAAUUCUGGGCAGCACGAGCGCGUCGGCCAAGACAAUUGUCGACAUUCCGGAGAAACUGGUGAUCCCCAGUAGGGAGUUUGAGAACCAGAUCAAGUGGCAGCAAGCGCAGAACCCGAAUCUAGACACGCAGACUCUCUUCGGUGCCCAGUGAGGACGAAAUAGAAUUUAUACGAGCAGUUUCUAGUAAAUAAAAGCAGCUCACUCGAGAGUUUUCA